UGUACGUUUUGAUUCAAAUCAGUCAAAAUUUAUUUAUUUUUUUAAGAAUUUAUUUAAGGAAACAAAUACUCUGUGCCGCUAAAAGUGAAAGUAGCUUUGAAAGCUCAACACCAAAACAAAAAACUUCUGAAAAAUCGCAGAGAAACAAUGGACGGCAUAGAGCAUAGAACACUGCAAGUCAAUGGCAUAAGUAUGCAUGUAGCAGAGAAAGGCCAAGGCCCAGUGAUCCUAUUCAUCCACGGUUUCCCUGAGCUAUGGUACUGCUGGCGCCACCAGAUCCACGCACUGGCUUCACUCGGCUACCGAGCCGUCGCACCGGAUCUGCGUGGCUACGGCGACACCGAUGCGCCGGCUUCGCCGUCCGAUUACACUGCCUUCCACGUGGUUGGGGACCUGAUAGCGCUCCUGGACGCCAUAGCUUCCGAUCAGGACAAGGUGUUUGUGGUUGGGCAUGACUGGGGUGCUAUCAUGGCUUGGUAUCUGUGCCUGUUUCGCCCGGACCGAGUGAAGGCCUUGGUGAACAUGAGCGCGGUUUACACGCCCAGAAACCCUGCGAGGAGACCUAUUCAGAGCUUGAAUGCCCUCUAUGGUUCUGACUAUUAUAUCUGCAGAUUUCAGGAGCCUGGAGAAAUAGAAGCUGAGUUUGCCCAGAUUGGUACUGAAAGAGUUAUCAAAGAAAUACUAACAUAUCGUAAUCCAGGUCCACUACACUUGCCUAAAGGGAAAGGAUUUGGAAAUCCUCUGGAUGCUCCGAUUGAAUUGCCUUCUUGGUUGUCAGAGGAAGAGGUUAAGUACUACAUCGCCAAAUAUGAGAAGAAAGGCUUCACUGCGGCAGUGAACUACUACAGAAAUAUAGAUAGAAAUUGGGAACUCAUGGCACCAUGGACCGGAGCUCAAAUCAAAGUUCCAGUUAAGUUUAUUGUGGGAGAUCUUGACCUAGCUUAUAAUGCUCCAGGUGUUAAGGAUUACUUAAACAAAGGCGGGAUCAAGAAAGCUGUGCCACUUCUGGAGGAGUUAGUGAUACUGGAAGGUGUAGCCCACUUCCUCAACCAAGAAAAGCCAGAUGAGAUAAACAAGCACAUUUACGAUUUCUUCAAGAAAUUUUAAGUAUAUUUUAUAUUCUGCUCUGUCUGGUGAAACUCUGGCCUGGUUUUCUGCGUGAUUAUGUCAGUCAAAGUGCUUGUUUAAGUACCCUUUCUGUGUUUGUUUUAAAGGUUUUCAUCAAUGUCAAUUAACCUUAAAUGGUUUUAUUGGUGCUA